AUGCUGGAGCUGGAGGCUGAGCAUGACCAGGCCUCACGGCGUGAACAGGAUGAGCAAGAAACACGUCGUGUUCAAUGUGAGGAUCCUCAAGAGUCCACAUCUUUGCCAUUGUCAGAGAACGUCCCUGAGCUGAGUCAGGAGAACAUGUUUUUUCAGCUACACCACUGGAAUACACAGAUGGGCCUACAAGUGAAAGAACUUGGAGCUGAUCACAUGGGCUGGAUGAAGAAAAUUAACAAUAUUAUACAAAAAAUAAACCUCACAGAAAACACAGUGAAGAGCUUAUUAAAUGAGGUGACGUCCUUGGAGGGCCAAGUAGAAAAGUUGGAGUCACACCAGGACCUUGACCCUGAUCGGGGGGCAAACAUCGAGGAGAAGAUCAUGGAAAUUAAAAAGCAGUUAGGAGAAAUGGAUAACAAAUUUGUCCAGGCUGACGCUUGUAAUGAAGCUCAUGAACUAAAGGAAAAACUUGUUGCAAGAAUAGAGAACUUUUGCAAGGACAUGACUGUGCUGAAUACAAAGCUGGGGACGUACCAAAUGCAAGAAGGGAACGCACACUCUCGGAGUCCCACAGAAAUGGGUCCGGAGGAAAUGGAGCCCCUGCUUCUUCGGGCCCCACCACCCCCUUCAGGGCAGAGCUCUCCUCCUCGCAUUACAAUGUGGAAACGUGCACUGAGGAUUUUCAUCGUGUUUUAUGUCCUCUCCCUCACAGGACUUUCAUGUUACAUACUAUUGUUCGAUGCUACGUUUAUCUUUGAAAGGGUGCUCCCUGCAAUGCUUGGGCGCCGCAGAAUGUGGGAACUACGGGAGAUUAUUGUGCCUUUCUUAAAUUUGGAGGUGGAAGACUUGUUACCCUCCUAA